AUGUGGCACUCCCUGUUGUCCAUUGUCCACCUCGUCCUCUUCGCUUCCGUCACCUUGGGCCAUGACCAUUCGUUCAAGUCAUUGAGCAGCAGUGCAAGUGACUCUGGCUCCAGCGCCAAUGCCGUGGAUAUCUACAACGUGUGCCCCGUGAUGGUGAAAUUCACCGAGGAGCAGGAACUCCUCUCGGACGACGAAAUAAAGGCCAAAGCUGCGGAUGCGGCCAUGUCGGCGUACAUGUUGAGCCACCCGAACAAAACGCUGUGGGACUUUUUCAAGAUUGAGCACCGCCAGAAGAGGCAGAUGUUCAAGAACCUGCCGACAUCGGAGAAGUUCAAGAGGGUGUUCACAAGGGUCGUUGACCUCGUGUCCGAUACGGCCAUUGCUGCUGCACAUACGAUCGCGGACACGAUCCAAUGGGUCAUCAACGUCUUUCGUCACCCGCUCGUGGGUAUGCGCCAGGUGAUCGACUUUUUCAAGGAGUUUGGCAAGAACAUCAAGUUGGUGAGCAUCAUGAUGUGGGACGACCCCAAGAACACGUCUUUAAACAUGGCUGGAGGGUUUCUGCUCCACGUGAGGCACCACCCAGCAGAGUUCACGGCUGAAACCGUGCUGCUCGUCGCUGGUGGAUCGGCCGUUAUCCACGGUCUCAUGCGUGGUGUGAGCGCCAUUUUUGGCGGCAUGAGUAACGUCGUCUCGGGUGCGAUCAUGGGUGCGCUAAUUUUUCUCCACAUGAUUGACGAACCCAUCUUACUUGUCACCCCCCUCAUCACCUCGCUUGUUGAAACGGCUAGCACACUUGGUGCAGGAAACUCUACCGAGGCUUCCCUCGCCCUGACGUUGGAUUUCAUCCAGCCGUCCAAUUCGUGUAUGAUUCCCGAGAAGUUUCGACCGCGCAUUUCGUCCCGCGAUUUGUGUCUCGGCAGCUCCCAAGCCGUUCGUAUGCUCCUGUUUGGCACGGUCGAGCACGUGGUUAAGAUGACCCCGGAAGAGCGCAUUGCAGCUUAUGGUCGAUUCCACGACUUUGUGUGCUGCUUCCUCACGGAUCAUGAGUUCGAGGUGCAUGCUCCAAACAUCACGGCAACCGAUUUUGAAGCCGAUCUCGUCGCUACUCCCGUGAAGAUUACGGAUUGCAAUAAACUUCUUGGUACCUACAGCUAUGAGACAAUGUGGAAGAAUGCUGAGGGUCAUCACAGUAUGUAG